UGGUGUUUGUUAUUGGGAAUCUCUCUACCCAUCUCCAAAAGUCCAAAGUGAGAUAAAACGGAGGCAACCACCCAAAUAGGCGGAGGCAGGCAGACCACAGCUGUGCGAACGGCAACCCAAUUGACCCAACAGCCAAGAAAGCAAGCAAAGCAAUAAGAGAAGAGAAUAAAAGAGAAGCUAUGCCAGUCUUCAAGACCCCAUUCAAUGGCUACGCCGUAAAGUUCAGCCCGUUCUACGAGAACCGCCUCGCAGUUGCCACCGCACAGAAUUUCGGCAUCCUGGGCAACGGCCGCGUUCAUGUCCUCGAUCUCCCCCCGGCCCCCGGAGCCCCCAUCACCGAGCUUUGCGCCUUCGAUACCGCCGACGGUGUCUACGACUGCACCUGGUCCGAGGACAAUGACAACCUCCUCGUAACUGCCAUCGCCGAUGGCUCCGUCAAGCUCUGGGACCUCGCCUUACCACCCACUUCCAAUCCAAUUCGCUCCCUCCACGAACACUCUCGCGAGGUUCACUCCGUCGAUUGGAAUCCAGUUCGCAGAGACUCCUUCUUGACCUCUUCCUGGGACGACACCGUCAAGCUCUGGACCGUCGAUCGACCCGCUAGCGUCCGUACCUUCAAAGAGCACGCCUAUUGCGUUUAUUCCUCUGUUUGGAAUCCUCGCCAUGCCGACGUCUUUGCAUCCGCUUCCGGCGACUGUACCGUCCGUAUCUGGGAUGUUCGCGAGCCGGGUUCCACCAUGAUCAUCCCUGCUCAUGAAUUGGAGAUUCUGUCUUGCGAUUGGAACAAGUACGAUGAUUGCCUUAUUGCCACUUCUUCAGUUGAUAAGUCGAUUAAGGUUUGGGAUGUGAGGAAUUUCCGGAUUCCAAUCGCGGUGCUCAAUGGGCACACUUAUGCUGUGAAAAAAGUGAAGUUCUCACCUCACAGGGAUAGUAUGAUUGCGUCUUGCUCGUAUGAUAUGACUGUUUGUUUGUGGGAUUAUCGGGUGGAAGAUGCUCUUGUUGGGAGAUACGAUCAUCAUACGGAGUUUGCGGUUGGGGUCGAUAUGAGUGUGCUUGUGGAAGGCCUUUUUGCGAGUACUGGUUGGGACGAGCUUGUUUAUGUUUGGCAACAUGGGAAUGACCCCAGAGCACCUUGAAAUGAGU